CUAGCCGAAAAUUGCGUGCGGGCUCAAUGGCACCCUCCAACGCGAGGAGGAGCUCUGGCACCCCGCGCCAUACUUCGGCGACGGAAAGCCGCGAUGACGAACCAUUCGAGAGCGUUCUGGCUGGUAACACGGCGGAGGCCCAUGAAAUAUUCAUCGAUCCGAUGCUAGGUCAACCUCUCCUGUUUUUUGUCCACGAGGACGUCCCCCAUCAAACCUCCGUUGUAGAAGCGAUUAAGAAUCAUGGAGGGACUGUGCUGCGCAGCUAUAGCCAAGCUACUUACAUUAUUGUGAAUCCUUCCACCCCGGGUGGGAAAAGUCUUUGGAGGCUAUACCAUGGGAAGAAAGUCAAAGUCCUACUAGAAGCUGAAUGGGUGUCCGCAUGCAUUCGCGCUGGCGGACUGCAGUCGAUGACUUAUGCCAAUAACUGGGGAGGCUUCCAAGUAACGAACAUACCUAAUGCAGACAAGAGUUCGUCUGUGGAGAAUUCAGAACCGCCGAUCCUUGCGGCAUCUGACAAAGAUGUUCAGCAAACAUCUUCUAUCACUAACGGGAUGCAACCGAAGCCGAAGGGCGCUCCUACGGUUCUCGCUGGAGAACUUCCACCUGCACCUCAAACUUCAGAUACCUCACGAUCAGCACAAUUCUUGAAUUCCCAAGAUCACCCUCAGUCUUUUCACGGGCUUUCUCGUUGGCCGAGCCUCUCAUUUGGGUCCUCUAGUAACCUUGCGACAUCCUCCAUGCUUGGACAAUUUACCGUGGGCACGCAAUGGGAUAAUUCCAAUCCAAGCGAUUUCGUGUCACCGAAUUCUGCUGAGGAAGGUCCGACAACAUCCUCCUUCCCCCUCCCGUCAACGUGGACGGAAGAACACAAUCGGCCCUUCUCGCCCAUAAUGUAUUAUCACGAGUAUGGCUAUGGGGUCGCUAGCACGCAUGAUGCCAACUCCCCUCACACUUAUGAACACACUGGCUCUUCCCGGACCUCACUCAGCGCCCUUCUGAACUCCAGUCCACCCACAUCCACAACCCCUCAAAAGAAACAGUCGGAAACCCGUAAGAGGAAACGAACAUCUGAGAAUACGUUUGACGCAUCUGUCUUUGUGCGGGCGCCAGAUCCAUCGAGACGAUCCCCCACCCCACCAAGGACUAUUGUAUCGUCGUUGCAUGGUGGAAACACAUUCACAUCAGAAGACGUCAGUUUUUUACACAGGUACAUUGAAUACUGUCGUGAUAAAGGGUUAAUGUUAAGCCUUCGUGAGAUAUGUGAAAGAUUGGCCAUCAAGGCACCCCACCAUUCAUUCUUUAGCUGGCGGCGCUUUUGCAACAAGAACAAAAUUCGAUUAGGAUCGUAUACCAUGGAGACAACUCAUGACUCGUCCAGCGUGAAGGAGCCCUCCAGUGCUCACGCAGAGCCGGUACCAGAGGCUAAAGUGGAAAAAUCUGAAUUUCCGGGAGGAAACCAUAGAGAUCCCCAUCACCAGGCGACAACCUUGUCAGAGUCAUCGGAAGACAACCUUUCGGUUUCAGACAUUGAAGAGGGGACCGAGUGGGCAUCACAGCCAGAGAUAUCAGCUGCAGAUCCCGACCUGCCGGGGCCGACGCACACCUUCUCCAGCGAGGGUUACAGUGCCCCCUCCAACAAUCUUUCUAUCAGAUUUUCGGGAGAGCUGCAGAAUGCUGAUGGAGAGACCUUUUUCCAGCUAGAGGAUCCUCGGCCACCAACGUCGCUGUUCCGAAGCUCAACUGGAAAGGGUAUCGCGUUUACCUCUGACGAUGUUGAAUACUUGCUGAGGUUUAUGUCAUACCGCAAGCAUCAGGAUGGCGCAACGCUCAACAUGGUUCAAUUUUGGAAGGAUGUUGCUGAAACGGCUCCUCAUCAUUCCAGGGCGUCAUGGAUGAAGUAUUGGCGCCGGCACAAACAUGAACUCGAGGGCGACCGAGGUGAUAUCGUUGCCCCAAUGCCUCCUUCGAAACGUUCGAGGUAUACUCGCGAAGAUGAUAUGCUGCUGGCCCACUUCUUUGCUGCUCAACAUGCAGAAGACAGUCAAGAUAAUCUAUUUCGGUUGUUCGCUUCAGAACAUCCGCAUCACCCGUGGAAGGGUUGGCAAGAGCGAUAUCGCACACAUCGAGCGGAAAUAUUGCAUAUGAUUGAUCUAAUCCGUCAAGGGGAAGACCUCGAUGACGAGCUUGAUGCCUUAUAAGGAUUCAUACAGCUUAUUCUUACUGUUUCGUCGUUGUGACAUGGCAAGAUUAAUUCUUCGACUUCACCAGAAAUGUUCUCUCUCAAAAGCUUAUAGAUUGCAUGUCGCUGUCUCUACCGUUUUACAUAGGCAAAUGACACCGGAGCAGUCUGCAUAAUUUCAUAAUCUUUGCCAUACUCCAGUCCAUUGUACUGGAACUCAAUUUUUCGAGAUCCGACUAGCAGAAAGUUUUCAACAA